GGCUUGUCACCAGGAGAACGUGUGUGUUAAUUGCACUGUGCUCUGUCAAGGGAAACUUUGAUUUAUAGCUGGGGUGCGCAAAUAAUGGUUGCCGGGCGCACAUGGAUUCGGUAGAACUUUGCCUGCCUGAGUCUUUUUCCUUGCACUACGAAGAAGAGCUUCUCUGCAGAAUGUCAAGCAAGGAUCGACACAUUGAUUCUAGCUGUUCGUCAUAUAUCAAGACGGAACCAUCGAGCCCCGCUUCCUUGACGGACAGCAUCAAUCACCACAGCCCUGGUGGCUCCUCUGACGCUAGCGGGAGCUACAGUUCAACCAUGAAUGGACACCAGAAUGGGCUAGAUUCACCACCACUCUACCCUUCUGCCCCAGGUCUUGGGGGUAAUGGGCCCGUCAGGAAACGAUAUGAUGACUGCUCCAGUACCAUCGCUGAAGAUUCACAAACCAAGUGUGAAUACAUGCUGAACUCAAUGCCCAAAAGACUGUGUUUGGUGUGUGGUGACAUUGCGUCAGGGUACCACUAUGGGGUGGCUUCCUGUGAGGCCUGCAAGGCUUUCUUCAAGAGGACAAUUCAAGGUAACAUAGAAUACAGCUGUCCGGCAACAAAUGAAUGUGAAAUCACAAAGCGCAGGCGCAAGUCCUGCCAAGCUUGUCGCUUCAUGAAAUGUCUAAAAGUCGGCAUGCUGAAAGAAGGAGUGCGCCUAGACAGAGUACGUGGUGGUCGCCAAAAGUAUAAGCGCAGAAUAGAUGCAGAGAACAGCCCGUAUUUGAAUCCUCAGCUAGUUCAGCCAGCCAAAAAGCCAUAUAACAAGAUUGUCUCCCACUUGCUGGUGGCUGAACCAGAGAAGAUCUAUGCUAUGCCUGACCCCACUGUGCCAGACAGUGACAUCAAAGCCCUCACCACUCUUUGUGACCUGGCAGACAGAGAACUGGUGGUCAUCAUUGGAUGGGCGAAACAUAUUCCAGGAUUUUCCACUUUAUCGCUUGCUGACCAGAUGAGCCUUCUGCAAAGUGCUUGGAUGGAGAUUUUGAUUCUGGGAGUCGUAUACAGAUCACUUUCUUUUGAGGAUGAGCUUGUCUAUGCUGAAGAUUAUAUUAUGGAUGAAGAUCAGUCCAAAUUAGCAGGCCUUCUUGACCUCAACAAUGCCAUCCUGCAACUGGUAAAAAAGUACAAGAGCAUGAAGUUGGAGAAGGAAGAGUUUGUCACCCUCAAAGCUAUCGCGCUUGCUAAUUCAGACUCAAUGCACAUAGAAGAUGUUGAAGCCGUUCAGAAACUUCAAGAUGUCUUACAUGAGGCACUGCAGGAUUACGAGGCUGGGCAGCAUAUGGAAGAUCCACGCCGGGCUGGCAAAAUGCUGAUGACUCUUCCGCUGCUGAGGCAAACCUCCACUAAAGCUGUGCAGCAUUUCUACAACAUCAAACUGGAAGGCAAAGUCCCCAUGCACAAACUUUUUUUGGAAAUGCUGGAAGCCAAGGUCUGACUAAAGCAUCCUGGGC